CUUCCCCUUAUAGUUAUCUUGGUUUAUUUUUUUUUGUUACAUCAUAAUAUAUUAUCCUCGUUUUGUAAUUGAAUUUGUAUUUCGUAGAUGACAACUCCACUGCGUGUAAGUUUAUAUAACGGGGCGUAGCGUCGUGACGAUGAUGAACAUUGGAGUUUCCAUAGGAAGCCAAGUGACCUCGGCUAUACGGUUUUGGUCAACCCAACUGAGACGGUCGAAGAUUUGGAGUGCAUGAUCCGUGAGCUCUAUAAAUUGAAGCCUGAGACACCCAUGGUUAUGGCAUAUCACCCACCCGACUGGAUGCUUGAACCUGUGGGAACUCGUACCCUGCCUAUUACAUUGACAACAACCUCCCAAGUUGCAACCAUGAUGUCCAUCCAUUCUUGGUGGUCGGAGCUAAAGCUAUGUGUUUCUUUGGUGCUGAAAAUGUUGCUCAUUACCAGUUUCUUACCAAAACAACUUUCUCUAUCGGAGGUGCAACCUUUGUAUUCAAAGGACAAAGAGCUUGUUGCUAGCAAGGAGGUUCUUGAGGUGAUCUUUAACGAGCAAGAAGUGGUCCCAAUAUACAGGGCUCACUUUGAAACUGAAAAGGCAAAAGAAGAGGAAAGAGCUGCGCACGGUUUGCCCUCGACGACUACGGAAGCUGAAGGUUCUGGCUCUUCUCCCUCUGGAUCACAAGCCUAAAAUUAUCGGUGUUGAAUAUGUGUGGAAGCAUUCCGGAAGAAUAAGCAUGCGAC